CCGCGGUCCUAACGCCGGCUGCUAACGGCGUUCCGUCCCUUUGUUUGAAAGACGGAGGCGGAACCGAGUGACUGAGCCCUGGGUUUCCCGGAGCCACUGCAGGGCGGCACACGCUUUGUUUUGGCCUCGACGGAGAGAGGGCGUUAGCGGGCGGGAGAGGAGAAGCAUCAGAGCUUUCCGCCAGCGCCCGGUAAAUGUAGUAAGGGGCGGGAAGGCCCCCGUCCAGGGUGGUGAUGCCGCCGUGGGAGCGUGGGCGCCCAGGGAAAAACACCAUGAGUGAAUUCCGAAUCCAUCACGAUGUGAACGAAUUGCUCAGUUUGCUUCGAAUUCGUGGUGGUGAUGGCGCUGAAGUGUAUAUUGAUCUCCUUCAAAAAAAUCGAACUCCGUAUGUCACAACUACCGUAUCUUCUCACAGUGCAAAGGUAAAAAUUACUGAGUUCUCUAGAACACCAGAGGAAUUUCUCAGGAAAUAUGAUGAGCUAAAAUCAAUCAACAUUCGGAAUCUGGAUCCACUGGUUUAUCUGUUAUCAAAACUUACUGAAGAUAAAGAGACCCUGCAGUACCUGCAACAGAAUGCAAAGGACAGGGCAGAACACUCCACCAAUGUCUUGACUAGCAGUACUGCAACGUUCAGUGUCCCUUCAACAACUGCUAAACUCUCGCUGCAGGAGCUUGAGGAACUCCGCAAGCAGCUGGGUAGUGUAACUACUAGCUCAAACUCGCAACAGCCACUGGAAGUAGUUCGCAAACUCCUUCGUGACAAACACAUCAAAAAGAAUCCAGGGGUGAUCAUCCCUCAUUUCCCAACUUGGGUAUACGAGAGGUCGGCGCUUCUGGGGGACUUCAUAACCAGUUCCAGUCCAAUCACUGAAACUGUAGUUUCUAUCGGGACUGUUCCUCUUGCUACACAAGAACAAAUGAUAGUUGAAGAUCUGCUCUACAUUUUGAUCGGAGUAGAUGGAAAAUACAUCACAGCCCAACCACUGAUGGGCAAGCACAGCCGAUGCUUUACAGUUGACCCCACACUGGACAUGUCUGUUAAGGAGCUUGUGAAUAGGAUCCUUCCAAUAGCAGCAAGCUAUUCAUCUGUUACCAGGUUCAUUGAAGAUAAGUCAUCAUUUGAAUAUGGCCAAGUAAACCAUGCUUUAGCUGCAGCAAUGCGGACACUUGUGAAGGAGUACAUGAUCCUUGUAACACAACUGGAACACUUGCAGAGACAAGGACUGCUAUCAUUACAGAAGCUUUGGUUUUAUGUUCAACCAACCAUUAGAACAAUGGAAAUACUGGCAUCAAUAGCUACCUCCGUGGAGAAAGGAGAAUGUAUGGGAGGAUCAACGCUGAGUGUGCUUCAUGACAGAACAUUUAACUACACAGGUGACAACCAGGCACAGGAGUUGUGCCUCUACCUAACCAAGGCAGCAAGUGUUCCGUACUUUGAAAUUUUAGAAAAAUGGAUCUACAGAGGAAUUAUACAGGAUCCUUACAGCGAGUUCAUGGUAGAGGAGCAUGAACUUAAAAAGGAAAAGAUUCAGGAGGAUUACAACGACAAGUACUGGGAUCAGCGAUAUACCAUCAUCCAGCACCGAAUCCCCUCCUUUCUGCAGAAGUUGGCAGAUAAGAUACUUAGUACAGGAAAAUAUCUUAACGUUGUCAGAGAAUGUGGUCGGGAUGUGACGUGUCCAGAUGCCAAGGAAGUGAUCUAUACUCUGAAGGAACGAGCAUAUGUGGAACAAAUUGAAAAAUCCUACAACUAUGCCAGCAAGGUUCUAUUAGACUUCUUAAUGAAGGAAAAAGAACUCCUGGCACGACUCAGGUCAAUAAAACAUUACUUCCUGAUGGAUCAGGGAGAUUUCUUUGUCCAUUUCAUGGACCUUACAGAAGAAGAGCUGAAAAAGUCAGUGGAUGACAUCAUUCCCACCAGACUAGAAGCUCUUCUGGAGCUGGCACUGCGAAUGAGCACGGCCAAUACGGACCCAUUUAAAGAUGAUUUAAAGAUUAAUCUUAUGCCACAUGACCUCAUCACUCAGCUGCUGCGGGUUCUUGCUAUUGAAACCAAACAAGAGAAGGCUAUUAUCAAUGCAGACCCAACUGAGAUUGCUCUGAGUGGCCUAGAAGCUUUCUCCUUUGAUUAUGUUGUGAAAUGGCCUCUGUCAUUGAUUAUAAAUAGGAAAGCUUUGACCAGGUAUCAAAUGCUCUUCAGACAUAUGUUUUACUGUAAACACGUGGACCGGCUGCUGUGCAACGUGUGGAUCAGUAAUAAGGCGGCAAAACAGUAUUCAUUACGCUCUGCUAAAUGGUUUGCUGCUGCCUUCACCUUGAGACAGCGAAUGCUGAAUUUUGUGCAGAACAUUCAGUAUUAUAUGAUGUUUGAGGUUAUGGAGCCAAACUGGCACAUAAUGGAAAAUAAUUUAAAAUCGGCAUCCAACAUUGAUGAGGUUUUGAACUACCAUACCAGUUUCCUGGACAACUGUAUGAAGGACUGCAUGCUAACCAAUACAGCAUUGCUGAAGAUCUUUUCGAAGCUCAUGUCAGUGUGUGUCAUGUUUACCAACUGUAUGCAGAGAUUCACUCAAAGCAUAAAGAUUGACAGUGAGAUGAUGCGACUGACGCUGGAACAUGGGACGAUGAAGGGUCCGCCUACACAAUUAGAACGGUUGGAGGAGAAUGAAAAGAAAAGACUCACCAAGAAGUUUGCAGCAGAACAUGCCGACGCAUUGCAUUCAACAUCUGGAUUUGAGGGAACCAUAAAUACGUUUGACAACAACUUCUCUACCAACCUGCUUGAUCUUCUGGAUAGGUUAAGCAUUUCAAGUACAAAUGACUGCGAGCACAGCAUGAUUAACAUUAUCUAUAGGCUAGAUUUUAAUGGAUUUUACAGUGAACGCCUUGAACACAUGUCGGCAGAAAGAAGUAAGCCUCUGGCACAGCAAGGGACUGUUACACAAGCACCAUUGUCUGCACAGUAAAAUGGUGGAAAGAGCUCGAACAUUUCCCAUCUGAUGCAGACAAGUGUAAUUACUCAGUCUCACAGAAGUCCACACACUCCAAAUAGGGUUCCAAAUAUGUAAUUAGAUUAUUUUGAAGCUGUUGUGAAUAAGAUUCAUUUGUUAAUACGAUGUUAGUUUGUGGCUAGCUAUAAGGUGAACAAAUUGGACUAUUUUUGUGUACAGUACAUGAAAUGAUCAGAGGUGGAUGGGAAUUUCCAUCCUUCUUCCUGCUCUCAACUCAGUCAUGGGGAAGCUCAGUGAAGAACUAAAGACUGAACAGACUCGCUGUCCUCACAGGAGAUGUGGGGCGUGUCAGAGUACGUACUCUGACAGUGCAGACAUGGCCACUUAGCACUGUCACAGAAAGCAGAGCAAGGAAAGGGAGAGUGAGGGUAACUUCUCGACUUUCUAACAGUGUAGGAGCGUGUAAAUGGAGUGGUAGUUUCUGUUUCCAGAAAUUAACUGGGAAUGAUUUCCAGUGUUUAUUUUUAAGUCAUAGUGCCUUCAAUCAUUUCACUUUAUCUGAACAGUGCACUCAAUUUUUAUUAUCAAAGUAUAAUCUGACCUGCAAUUCUGUAAUAAAUAUUUCAGUAUGAAAUGCA